AUCAACGCUGCCUUUCUGUGUUUGGAAGGCUCCAACCGGCUCCUUUGGCAAGGACCUUCUUGGGUAAACAAACGUCUCGGAGAGUUUUCUCACAGCUUGGUGGCUACUUAUGGAUGGAAACUUGACCACACAACGUGACACUUGAUCUCAGCUGGCAGUGUGUGGCCUGUCGUUGCCUGCAGUGAAGCUCCGUGCCUGGAGCAGAGUCUAGCCUUUUCCCCCGCCCUGGUGGCUCCUUAUGAUGGCUCACAGUUGUACCUGGUUUCUUGCAGCAUGGAUGGUGUGGAUCUAAAGGGUCUUGUGUAUCAGCAUCAGCUUUUCCUGUUCCGUGACGGUGUUCUGUUCGUUUCCAUCUACAAAAGAACACCCUCCAUCCAGACGCUGAGCCCUGUACUCCUCUGACUGUUUUAAAGCAACAAGCACACAGCUAGGAAUAGGAGAGGGAGAUCUGCAAAACAAGCUCCUGUUUAGUGGCAGUCUGAUUAGAUUUUUGACCAGAUAGAUUUGUUUCAUUCCAAAGCCUGUAUGGAGGAAGUUUGACUUAUCUUUUCUCCGUUGAAUCAUAUCCGCUCACUCUCGCGUUGGGUGGUGGGAUGUCGGAAAAGCCCAACGACAAGAUGAAGUUCCUGGCUCCCCUUUCCAAGAGUGGUAAUGGCAACAUAAACAACGGAUCUGGCUCGGACUCACUAGUUGGUGAAAGGGUGGCAGUGGAGCUGAGGCACCGCCACCACACCAUGGAGCGCGAUCGCUGCCCUGCCGAAUAUCGACCAUUCUUCCGCCGCAGCGUCAUCAGCGACUCCAAUGCCACCGCCCUUGACCUCCCCUUACCCAGUACAAUCCCUAUCUUCACGCCCAUUGAACCCCCCGUGCAAGAUGUGUCCCAUCCUGCCGGUCCACCCCCCACCCCAAGACCUGCACCCCGUGUGACUGUGACGGAGAGCGAAGGAGGAGAAGUGAAGGUAGAUGUGUCUGUAGAGCAGAAGGCUGCCGUAGUACAAGAUAUCUGUGAUGGGGAAGCAGUGGCUCAGCCAGCAAACCGUCUAGCUGCCCAACCGCCAAGCCAAACGACAGAACCUGGGAGUGGCGAUGAAGUGAAGGAGAGGGAAGAGGGGGAGGAAGAGAAGGAGAAAGCCCGGGUGGAGGCUGAACAGAGAGAGGCAGAGAAAAAGGUGCAGGAUGACAUCGAGGAAGCAGAGACGAAAGCGGUGGGAACGUCGCCGGAUGGGCGGUUCCUGAAGUUUGACAUUGAGAUUGGACGUGGUUCCUUCAAGACUGUCUACAAGGGCCUGGACACAGAGACCACAGUGGAGGUGGCAUGGUGUGAGCUGCAGGACCGUAAGCUGUCCAAGUCGGAGCGCCAGCGGUUCAAAGAGGAGGCGGGCAUGCUGAAGGGGCUGCAGCACCCCAACAUCGUCCGCUUCUACGAAUCCUGGGAGGCCCCCGUUAAAGGCAGGAAGUGCAUUGUGCUGGUCACAGAACUCAUGACCUCCGGAACACUGAAAACGUAUCUGAAGCGUUUCAAGGUGAUGAAGAUUAAGGUUCUGAGGAGCUGGUGUCGGCAGAUCCUGAAGGGGUUGCACUUCCUCCACACCAGGGCCCCUCCCAUCAUUCACAGGGACCUGAAGUGUGACAACAUCUUCAUCACCGGCCCCACAGGCUCCGUCAAGAUUGGAGACCUGGGAUUGGCCACACUCAAGAGGUCCUCUUUCGCCAAGAGUGUCAUAGGUACCCCUGAGUUCAUGGCGCCUGAGAUGUAUGAGGAGAAGUACGACGAGUCAGUGGAUGUGUAUGCCUUUGGGAUGUGCAUGCUGGAGAUGGCCACCUCAGAGUACCCAUACUCCGAGUGCCAGAACGCUGCACAGAUCUACCGCAGAGUCACCAGCGGGGUGAAGCCGGCCAGCUUCGACAAGGUGGCCAUCCCUGAGGUGAAGGAGAUCAUCGAGGGAUGUAUCCGACAGAACAAGGACGAGAGGUACUCGAUAAAGGACCUGCUGAACCAUGCCUUCUUUCAGGAGGAGACCGGGGUGCGUGUGGAGCUGGCUGAGGAAGAUGACGGGGAGAUGGAGGCCAUCAAGCUGUGGCUGAGGAUAGAGGACGUCAAGAAGCUGAAGGGGAAGUACAAGGAAAACGAGGCCAUCGAGUUCUCCUUCGACCUCAGGAAGGACGUCCCCGAGGACGUGGCCCAGGAGAUGGUGGAGUCUGGCUACGUGUGUGAAGGGGACCAUAAGACCAUGGCUAAGGCCAUAAAGGACAGGGUUUCCCUCAUCAGCAGGAAGAGGGAGCAGAGGCAACAGGUGAGAGAGGAGCAGGAGAAGAGGAGGCUGGAGGAGGAGCAGGGCCAACGACAACAAGAACAACUAAUACUACAGCAGCAGUCCGGCACAGAGGCCUCCCAGCCAGGCCAACAGGCUGCCCCCUACACCCAGCCACAGCCCACCCAGCAGCCACCACAGCCCAACCUGCAGACUACACCCGACAUCCCCCCUCAGACGGCACAGCUGGGGCCCCAGGGAGUUCCCUACAUACCCCAGUCUACAGGGCAGCUCCCAGUCCCAGUAUCAACCCAAGUUCUAGCCCAGCCAGAGUCAGAGGCGCCAGAGGUGGACCAGUACCCGCAGCAGACUGAGACGGCCAAUCAAAUAACAGAUAGUUCCUCCAUCCUUCCCGAGAUGCACCUGGUUCAGCCGGUGGUGUCAUACAGCUCUCUGCCCAGUCAGCAGCCUCAGCCAGAGGCCCCAUACCCACAGGCCACACCCCCUGUCCAAACCGACCAAUCGCAGCAGCAGCCGCAGCAGACCAUGGUGGUUCCUGCUGCCCAGACUGCCACUGUUGUCCCUGGGGCUCCACAACAGCAGCCACAGCCAGUGGGCAGCGCUGUACCUCAGAGCACAGCACUACCACCGCUCCAGCCUGGUGCCCAGCAAAUACAGGCCUCUGUGAGUGUAUUCCAGCCGGUGUCAGCAGAGAGGUCAGCAGCAGGACAGACAGCGCUGGUGCCUCAGUCUGUGGAGAAUUGCCUUUCGAACGUGUUGUCAGGUUUGAGUGACGGCUAUGAGGGGACAUCAGACGGUAGACACGAAGGGCGCUCUAUGAUCAAGCGGCACCAGCAGCACUCUGUACGCAGCCACUCUUGCCACGAGAAGACCGCCAAGGCCAAGCUCAUCGUCCUCAAUAUCUCCAACAUGGGAGACCGGGUGGCAGAGUGCCAGCUGGAGACCCACAACAGGAAGAUGGUCACCUUUAAGUUCGACCUGGAUGGAGAUAACCCUGAAGAGAUCGCACGGAUCAUGGUCCUGAGUAAGUUUAUCCUGGAGAGCGAACGCAAGUCGUUCAUCGAGCAGGUCCGGGAGGUCAUCGAAAUGCCGGACGAUAAAGGAGAGGGCAUGAAGGAAGGCUACGCUCAACCGCCCUUCACUCAGAUUGUGGUAGAUGACCCCUUACAGCAGCGUGACAAGCCCACUCCUCUGUCUGGCGUUGCAGCUCAGGUGGUCCACUCUGCAGGCCGGAGGUUCAUCGUCAGCCCUGUCCCAGAGUCCCGUCUGAGAGAGCAGUUCUUUGGUCCUCCCUCGGCUAACACCUCGUUUGGGGACGAGCCCCAUCCAGUGAGUCUGGGCCUGUCCCUGUCUGCCCCCUCAAGCCGCCUCCAGCAGGCCUUCACUGAGAUGAGGGAGACGCAUGGGGAGAGACGAGCCACCAGCACAGUCCCCUCCUCCCAGGCUGGUCUGCACCCGACCCCCACCACCUCCUCCACCCUGCCUCAUGUCUCUGUCAUCCCCUCUGGGUCCUCCUCUCUUCCCUCCUCCACAUGCCAAGUUGCCACCGGGAGGGUGUCUCCAACCCCAGUUCCAGCACCUGCUACCAGUGAGCUAAUUCCACACCCCCAGCCUGGCUGCCAAGCUGCCCCUGCCCAAAUCACAUCCCCCCCUUCAGCUGCUCUCCAGCACCCCCAGGCCACCUCGUCCUCUUUCCCCCCAGCCCCUGCCGAUCAGAUGGGCAGCAGCUCUGCCCCUGUCUCUGGAGCUCCACCCAGUAACUCUGGGACUGUGACCAGCUCAGAGCAGCAUCUUGUUCCUAUCCUGUCCUCUCAGCCUGUCCCUGUGUCCGUUCCUGUCACUCAGCCCACCUCCUCCCAGUCUCAGCCUGUCCCUGUGUCCGUUCCUGUCACUCAGCCCACCUCCUCCCAGUCUCAGCCUGUCCCUGUGUCCGUUCCUGUCACUCAGCCCACCUCCUCCCAGUCUCAGCCUGUCCCUGUGUCCGUUCCUGUCACUCAGCCCACCUCCUCCCAGUCUCAGCCUGUCCCUGUGUCCGUUCCUGUCACUCAGCCCACCUCCUCCCAGUCUCAGUCUCAGCCUGUCCCUACCUUUGUCCCUGUGGCCCAGCCUGCAAUGGCCCCCACCCAACUUCCACCCUCUACCCUGGCCUCCCAACCGUCCCAGCUGCAGCCAGGGGACCCAGAUGGGGGAGAGUCCAAGGCCCCUGGUAUAGAUGACAUCCAUGCCCUAGAAAAGAAGCUGCGCUCCCUCUUUAAGGACACCACCUCCGCUGACCCUGGCAACACUGAGACCACCUCUUCCUCCACAGAGACCAUCUCCCCUCCCCAUCUGGCGGCCCUGGUGCCCCCCUUCAACCUGUCCCUCACUUCAGGGGAACAGGGAGCCCCAGGCCCCCCCUCCAACCCAGGACAGGGCCUCACACCAGCGGAACAUGCACAGAUCCAUCCAGAACAGCAUGGCCAAGCCACCAGAGCGCAGGCAGGCACCCCUACCUCUGAGCAAUUGCCUCCAUUCCCAGUACCAAACCAGUCCCAGCAGCCUCUUGGCAGUCUGGACGGCCAGCUGAGGAGAGCUGUGAGCCCUGAGACCAUCCCAGGGAGCAGUAGAGCAACAAUGCCCUCCACAGGGUUCGUCAAACUGGGACGCUUCCAGGUCUCAGAAGCUGGCGCCGGCAGCACUCCUGACCCCUCUACCAUCGCCUCCUCUUCCUCUCUCACACCCUCUUCGUCCUCCUCCUCUUCUUCCUCGUCUUCCUCCUUUUCCAGCCCAGAGAACACCCUCCACCGCUCCUCCUCGCUCUCCAAAGGAGUCUGGAGUGGAGACUCCGUAGAUGGGCUCACUUCUGUCCCAACGCAGCCAGCCACCAUCGGACGCUUCCAGGUGACUGCCAGUGUCACACCCAGCCCCAACUCUGUCUCCAAAGUUGGCCGUUUCUCAGUGACGCCAGCUGCAGCCAAUACCACGGCUCCUUCGGGAUCUAGCCUCUCCCAUCAGAACGGCCCUUCCUCUUCGACAACCUCUGACCCCUGUAGCUCCGCCUCCGGCGUGAACAGAGGUUUGUUUAAUCAUUACAUGACCAGCGACAACGAGGACGACUCGGGGCCAGAGGACGAGGCCUUUGAGAGGGAAGUCAGCCGCCUCCGAGAGAAACAUAUGAUAGAGAUCCAGACCCUCCACUCCCAUCACAAGGAGGAAAUCGAUGCUCUGUUCACCAGGCUGGGUAAACCUCGUCCAUCGGCUGUCCUCUCCCCCUCUGUGGCCAUGGCCGGGGGCCGACGCAGGGCCAAGACCAAGGCCAGCAAAUCAGCCCGCAGCAGCACCCAGCCCGGUCCCUUGCACUCAGGAGCCCAAGUCACAGGCCAGACCUCCCCAGAGUCCUCCCCGAAGCAGACGUCUCGCCCCACGGCAGGGCUCUCUGAGCCAGGCAGCCGGACCUCCCUCCAGAAUCUCAAACUCUCCCCCUCUUUGCCCAGCCUCAGCACCUCCACCAUGGGAGUGAGUGGGACCAGUUCAGACAGUGGAGCGAACACCAGCCGGUCCCAGCCGUCAGGCCCUAACAUGGCCCCGGCCCUAACACAGAGUCGCAAGUGCACAUUCACAGACGACCUGCACCUGCUAGUUGAUAACUGGGCCCGAGACGCCAUCAGCCUCUCCCACGUCAAGAAAGGACCCAAGGGGACAUCCCAGGGACCCGGACACGACAUCCCUCUACAUAUCCCUCCACAAGCCAACAUGGGCAGAAAGUUUUCUGCCCCCGGCCACCUCUGCCCUACUACCCACCCCUCCACCAACCCCUCCUCCAUCCCCCUCUGCCCGCGUCAGGGCUCUCUGGGCACCUCUGCCCAGGUGUUCGGCUACGGCCCAUCCACCUACAGCACCCCCCAGUGGGCAGGACCUACAGGUCCCUGUCAGGUAGGCCUCCUGGCCUCCACCCAGCCGCAGGCCCAGUACCAGCCCCAAGCCCCCUCCUCGGCCUCAGCCCCCCUUCAGCAGGCCUUCCACGUGGGAGCCACUCAGAAACCUGUCAGCAACCCUGGAGGCCCCAACCUGAGGCCCACGUAGCCUGGACUUGAGUUAGUCAGGCUGGGCUGAGAGGGACUGAGGGCAGGGAGGAGGAGAGCCAUAGGACAACUACUAGCACUCUCUGAUGUUUUGUUCUGUUUCGCUUAUUGGUGAGGUGGGGAAAAAAGAAGAGAACGAAGGAGAGGAGACUGUGGUCCUGUCAGACGAAAAAAGAGGUCUCUCUGUCGGUUGGAGGGAGAGUGCAAUACAUACCCAUAGCACACCAAUCACACCUUCACCCCUACCAGGGCCCAGUCUUUUCUGCCAAUGGCUGUGGAAGCGGGCUGUGAUUGACAUUUAGGUUUGUCCAAUGAAAGCCAUUGACCCAAGAGCACAAACAGCAACGGCCAGAGACGUCUGUUGAAAACACCAUUGUGACGUCAUCAUUCCCUUGAAGGAGAGGAUAGGGAGGGGGAACUCUUAAUCACUUCUUGACUGUGACUGGCCUUAAGCUUAACGAGGACAGAAUUUAGAAGAUGGAGAGAAACCCCGCCAACACACACGUACCUCCUAGCCCUAUUGUCAUUGGCUGAGAUUCGGGGUUGUUGAAUGGAAUGGGAAGCUGUCUUGGCGAGAAACAGUUGAAUUGUGGGUAUCAAGUUUGUAUAAAGAAAGUGGAGGGAGAUACAGUAUGUAGAGAAGGAAAGAAGAGGUGGAAUGAGAUAGUGAAUGGCAGUCGGUAAGGUUUUACUGGAUAGUGGUUACCCAUAUAUCAUCGUCAUACAGUAAGAUGCAAUAAUAGCAUUGUGGGGAAAGGAGUGAGUCCCUGGCCCCGUGCAACAGUGGCCUUCAACCCCUAAACGCAUGGACACAUUUUCUUUGCAUAACAAAUAUUUCUUGUCCUAGGUUAUGAUUCCAUGGUUAUAUUUGACUCUAUCUGUCCCUCUGAGAUGGUGUGAUGUUAUUCCUGACUGAGGAUGUUACUUUCUUAUUUGAGACCAUAACCUGUUAGCGUGAGCUAAGUAGCAGACCUGUCUGUAGAUAGUUUAUCAUUACCUACUUCCUGUCAUGUCCAUGCUUUGGAUUUAGCCUGACUGUAUCCAUGAGUGAUUUUGGUUUACGCUUUAGAGACUGGUUAGGCUUAUCAACUGUUUGAGUUGUAGGCUUCAGCUACUGUGUGGGUUGUCUCACCUCACCACCUGGUGUACUGUAGUCACUCUGAUAAGCAAGGCUAUGGCCCUCGGUACAUUCCUGAGACAUGGGGUUAUCUAUAGAUACUACUGGUAUUUUAUCUAGCCGUGAACGGGGCAUGAUGUUCACACAGACCUUAGAAAUGUCAACUUUUCACAUCUAUCCAACCUUAUUUCCCGUUGUCAUCAUAUUUCAAAAUCAUGACAAAUUGUCUAGGAUUCCCUUUCUGUGGUUUAUUUUGUGUGUAUAUUUAAAUACAAGAUGUUCUCUAUGGACCUAUAUUCAGCCAUCAGAUUUUGAUGUUUCACUAUUAAAUGUUGUUAAACAACAUGUAGUUAAAGGAAUAUAACGUGCAAUUGCAGGGUUGUUAUUGGUAUUGUACUCCGUAACAGCAGAGUAGUCCUGUGCUUCUUCAGCUCUUAUCAUACACCACCCUGUCAUAUCUUCUUGUUUUACUGUGUGUAUGUCUAUACAUGCAAGGUACAUGUGUUGCAUUUAAAUAAUACUUUCAUAGAAUGCUCAUCGCCAUAGAGUACUAUGUCUGGCGAUUUACCAACCCCCACAGUACACACGCGGACGGACAGCCCUGUAAAGUUUCAGAGCUCUUUAGUGCUUCGCAUCCUCACUGAGAAAUUCCACCAUAAUCACCUAGCCCUACUGUUCUUUCUGAUGGACUAGAGUCCAGUGACUGAAAGACCAGUUAACUGCCGACCUGUGAGGUCCAUCAAACGUCCAUAGACGUCUCAUGUGAAAGUUAAACAUACCUAAAGAAGUCUGUCAGAGGCAGGUGAGUCUCAUGUAAAGCAGAGCACAGUGUUGCAUGAAAACAAGUUAUUUUCUGUGGUCACCAAAACCAGCAUUUGUGUUUGUUAGUUAUGUUGGUUGUUGAAAAAAGGAAUGAUUUGUCUUUAAGUGGGUCUGAAUGAAUGUAAUCAGUACAGUAUUGCAUAGCAGCACUUGUUUUCAACAGAUAAGAAAACUAUACUGUUGUCUUGGGGUUUUUCUCUCCAUUGGCACCAUUCUCUUGCUUCUCUGCCACCUUACGUGAUGAGUUCCAUUCCCCUCAAUACAGUGACCUCACCCACUCCUGUAUUGAACUACUACUUUAACUUCUCUAGAGAAUAAUAAGUUACUGCAAUGCAGAAUAUGCAAUGUUUAAUAGGGACCAAGGGGGAAUGUUUUCAUGCCGACGAGGGUUGAUAGUGUUUUUGAUAUUGGGAAAACUGAGAUCCUGCUUCUUUGCCUUGCUGUAUGCGAGUCCACACAAAGUGCCGAUCUUGAAUUGCUCAGGUGUCAAUGUAUCUCAAUAUAAUAUUGCAUCUGUUUCCCCUGAAUUCUGCAUGCUAACUGGUUUUAGACCUUUGGCUUACCUACAACAACCCACUGUACAGCACAAGCUACUAAUCACCCAAUUAUCAGUAAAUAUUGAGUUACCGGCACAUUCUGUCUCCAUAGGCUACUGGCAUUUAUAACAACGUUAUUUCAUGUUGUACGCUUGGAUUUUUGUCCCUCUUUUGCUCUUCUAGUGACCAGCCUACUCUAUGGUUGUUUUUUCACGUUGUACAAAAUGUUUUAAAAAAAAUAAUAAAAAAUACAACUGAAA